AUGUUGCCAAAAAAGGAAAAAGCAAACAGAAGACCAACAUAUCCAUCCAUCCAUCCAUCUGUGUAUCUGUGUAUCUGUGUAUCUGUGUAUCUGUGUAUCUGUGUAUCUGUGUAUCUGUGUAUCUGUGUAUCUGUGUAUCUGUGUAUCUGUCUAUCUGUGUAUCUGUGUAUCUGUGAAUCUGUGUAUCUGUGUAUCUGUGUAUCUGUGUAUCUGUGUAUCUGUGUACCUGUGUAUCUGCGUUUCUGUAUAUUUGUGUAUCUGUGUAUCUGUGUAUCUGUGUAUCUGUGUAUCUGUGUAUCUGUGUAUCUNAACUUUUCCGUUCAACACCCUGGUAGUUGUGAAGGAUUUCCUUUCCAGCGAGGUCGCCGUCACAUGCCACAUAUUCCUUCACUGGGAUAUUCUCAUUGUGAAGUAAUUCGCCUCAAGCCUUUUGUGUUCUAUCCAGACAAACCACUGGAAGCUCAGAUCACUGUCAAUCAUAUUGACACCAGUGACAAGUCAUAUGUACAUGAUGCCGCUGUGUCGUGGAUUGAAAAUGUCAGUUACGAUCGAUUCACUGCAUGUGUGAUGGCGGCAGGCUACAAUGAGCGGAAAUCACAUGCUAACGUGACAGUUGAUUGGAUGGCGUACCAAGGGGCUCCAGUGGGUGGUGUUGCCGGGGAAGUACGAAUAUCACAAUGGUGGACUGGGACGACUUGUAAAGCUGUCAAUUUUCCCUCGGGGAAGUUUUCAGUGAUACCCUCAGUGUUUGUUACUGCUGCUCACCAUCACGCUGGAUUAAAGCGUGACGCUGCCAGUCUGUGGAUUGAAGACGUCACGCAAUCGUCAUUCAAAGUUUGUUUGAUAGAGCUGCAGAACUACGCAGGAUCGCACGAAGACGUUCAUGUUAAAUGGUUGGGGUUUUCCUCUCUUCACAAGCCUCUUUUCACAGAGCAUAGUUCAGUCUAUUUUGCUAACGCCCAGCAUCCUCCUGCAGAUUUCAACAAUGCUUUCUGCAAGGAUAUUCGCUUUGCUAGGAAGUAUAACAGCACCCCAAACGUGUUCGUAUCGGCGAACCAUUCAUCUAGCGGUGGAGAUCAGCAACCAGUACACAAUGGAAUAACUGCUUGGGUGGAGUAUAUCAAUACGACUGGUGUCCGAGUUUGUUUAAAGGAAUUGUACGAGACAAAGUAUGAUUCACUGUCUAUCUCAUACACUGUCCUGUCAGACGUUUGCCAGCCAGGGUGGAGUUACUUUGGUGGUUAUUGCUACUUUACAAGCCCCGCAUGCGCUUCAUGGCUGGCCGCUGAGUCAAACUGUUCUGCGAUGGACUCUGAUCUGGCGACUAUACACAACCAGGAGGAGAAUGUGUUUAUUCAACACCGUCAUAACGGCGAUAAGGCCUGGAUAGGGCUGAAUGACCGCAGUGUUGAAGGCUCUUUUGUGUGGGCAAACAAAGAAAUUAGCAGUUUUAGGUUCUGGGCUCCAAAGCAGCCAAACGACUGGAACAACGAGGAUUGUGUGCACACUCUUGGCGUGAGGCAUGGAUAUACUUGGAAUGACGUGCCAUGCGAUAACUGCUUCAACUUUACUUGCUUUAUAGGUGAUAAAUCAUUUCUUAAUAUGUAGUUGUUCCCGAUCAUGAUUUAUCACUUGAUUGACCGGUAGGCUGAUUGACUGAGGCUGGUAUGUUUAUUGAGUAAGCUUUUGGGGAAAAGGCAAUGAAAACAGCGCCGAGCAACAGUUGCAAAAGAAAAAUUUCGAAAAAAUAAUCACGUUAAGAACAGGGCUAUUAUUGAUUUAGACUACACACAGAUUGUUAAAUAUGUAUAUAGAGGCAUGAAGACAUGAUUGAUCACCACAGUUAUACACAACUUAAGCAGUUGUGAAAAUU